GCCGUGCAACACGCGCGCCGCGGUACACUCGUUGUCGGGUUCUCGUCGCGUGCAAACAUUCGUUCGUCCGUACAUAUGAAAUGGGAUAUUUAAGAGUGUAAAAAUCAAAAAUAUUGUUAUUCGAAAGCCAAAUCUAUUGGUCGGUGGUCGCGGUACAAUAAUAACAACCGCUGCUUAUUUUGAUUUCGUAACUGUUAGGCGCGAGAGAAACAUUAAAACAUAUGAACCUAUACCUAUGAACCUAUAGACAUUUUCGGGAUUUUGGAAUGUUCGUUGCGUACCCGUAAUUUUAGUGUAUCGUGUUACAGUCUCGUGCGUGAAAUCGUAUGGCCCACGGGGCCACGUAGACCGCGCGGCUGCAGUCCGGUCUGUGGCGUCAGUGGUGGUCGCGGUGGCCGCCUAAAGGUAACAUAUCGUGCAGUUUAUUGUGAAUUGUGAACGGCGUAGAUGCCAUAAUGCUUCAGAGAUCUCCAUCAUCAAGGAAGCGGCGUGCCGCCAACAAUGACUCACGUCGAACCAGUGUGGCGUUUAAUCUGGAAAGUCAGUCAUCGAGACUCACAGAAGGGGGGAGGCAACAGACCCAGCAGUCACCACAGCAUAGUGGACAACAUAGAAGAGCUAGUAUAGCAGCUACGUCACCAUCCGAUGGAUUCGAAAUGCGACAAAGAACUAGAGUAUCACCGGAGGAGGAGUUCUUUGAAUAUACACAUAAACGAAGUCCCAGACCAAGUUUUGUAUCUGAAUCUAAAGUACAAUAUAUUGAUAAGAGUCCUAGAAAUAGUUUGGUUCCAGAUAUGUCAAGAAGUCCGCGAACGAGUUUGGUACCAUCAGAUCAUCGAAAGCCCCCACGAUUAUUGCCAGACGAACAACAAGACUCAUAUACACGGUCUAGUCCUUCAAGACUUGAAGUUGAUAUUAAUCGGAGUCCUAGGCAUAGUCUUACAUGUGAGCAUCCAGAUCCAAGAAGCCCGAGAAGUCCGAGAGGUAGUAUGGUGCCAGAGGAUGAUUAUUCGGAAUUACGGUCUGGACUGCGAUUAGACGUGGAAAGUUUCAACCGAAGCCCAAGAUCAAGUACUGCCGGUUUAGAUCCGUCUAGAAGUCCAAAAAACAGUUUGGUGCCAGACCCAAGUCGAUCACCUAGAGGAAGCAUUGCUUACGAUUUGAAUCGAAGUCCUAGGGGUAGUUUGGCAGUAACACCUGAUACCAAUCGGAGUCCUAGAGGUAGCUUGAUACCAGAUCCCGGAAAAAGUCCUCGAGGUAGUGUAGUAUCAGAAGGUGCGUAUAAUAUGAGUCGGUCAGCUAGAAGCAGUAUACCGAUGGCCGAAUCAGCGUCUUUGGGAAGAACGCCAAGAGGAAGCAUAGGCUCAGUGUCGUGCGUUCAUUUCGAUCCACAGUUAAAAUCGACCAGGAAUUCAACUGAACCGGGAAAUGGAUCUCCAAAAGGAACUCUUAAAGAUACUCAAAGAAGUUCGUCACCGUAUAAGAGCGCACAGUAUACACAAAAACAGAUGUUUCCCGAUGAAUCAAGAAGAGCUAGUAGUAGCGUUAGUCAAGUUUCCGGCGACGAAAGGAAACGUCUGUGCGAGCAUGUUAAGCCUUGCGACAGUGGCCUAACCGUCUAUGGUUCGUUGACUUAUCAAUUGAACCAUGCCAAUAUGGAGUCGACAGGCAUAUUCGAUUUUAUCAUAAAAGCACUGAGUAUUAUUCAUAGGACGGUGAUAAUGACGGUAAUUUUGUCCAUUUUCACGGUGGUGCCUUUAAUUAUGUUCGUUGUUGGUGUGGAGUUUGUGCGUGACUGUCCGCGGGAACCGCACAUACCGGUGUACAUGAUCGUGGGCGGCAUAUUCGGCAUGAUCAAAAUGGUGUGGCUGCUAUGCCGACAGAUCAAGUCGCUGCGGUACAACAAGCGCCGGCGGCCGGACAUGGGCACGCGGGAGGACAUGGUGUCGUCCAUGGGGUCGCGGAUAGCGUCCGUCGGGCUGGCCGCAUUCCUGGCCGGUUGGUUUGCGCUGGGCAACUAUUGGAUACUGUCCGUGUACUGGCCCGACUCGGAGCCGUCGUCGCUGUACGAGCCGAAUGGAUGGUGCAACCGGACGCUGUACGUGACCAGCCUCGUGCACUUGGCACUCGUGUACGCGGCCGGCGCAGUGGUGCUCGCCGCCGUCGUGGCCGUGCUGGUGUUCCAACAGUGCGCGUUCCGGUUCAAAUAGCAUACGGCCACCACGGCGCUGUGCGGUUGCGCCCACGGCCACCACGGCAGCCGCCGCAUGACCAUCACCGGUAUAUUGCCGUACAGCGCCAUACACAUCAGCGUCACCAGGCCCGUCGACGACGUGGCCCUGUAAAUCGUGUGGGCCGUCACCGACGCUUCGCCGCCACCCGCACACACCGCUGACACAUCGAUCGUCCGCACGACCGCCAACCCCUCGACCACCGAUGCCUCGGACGGCGGUCUUCCGCAGAGGCGUUUGCAACUGACUGCAGCUGCAGUCGUUUGCCGAGGUGCACUCGGCUGCUACAACUCGCAGCGCUACACCGGUGUAAGUAGGAACGCGUCACUAUUCGAGGACUCGCGGUGUGCAAUAUAUCGUGCGAUAUUCGAAUGCAUUAACCGUUUUUCAAAUACGAUAAUUCGGGCUAUUUUAUCGAAGUGAUAUUCGGCGUUUGUCAACAAAAAAAAAACCACCCCGAGAAUGAAUUAUAAUUAAAAGCGUUUCUAAGGCGUUAAAUUAUUAAUAACGAGAGACAAAAUACAACCCGGAUUAUUGUAUUGGGAAUUACGACAUAUAUGUAUGUGUGUGUGUGUGUGUGUGUGUGUGUUAUAUUUAUUAUGAUUAUUUUAAAAGUAUUAUUUUACCUCGAAUAAUGUGUAAAAACAUAUAUUUAUAUUUAGAGAGCUCUUGUGUUCGGCCGCAGUGGUGUAUAAGGAUAUCCUCGCGAUCAUGAUAUCAGCAUUCGCGCAAUUUUAAGCUUAUAAGUUAUGAGAAACGCCUCUUAAUCGAAUAGAUCACGGUUGAGAAAUCUACAAAGAUUAUAAUUAUACAAUGUUGUGUACACUUGCGUGUAUAGCGUAACGUUUGCUGGUAAGUAUCAUUCGUAACGGUGCCCUUUGUAUUCGACAUAUUAUAUUAAUACGAUCGUCGCCGCGUCACGCGUCGUUACGCAAAGCCAUUUCGUAGACAUCCAUAUAUUAUUACGAGUAUUAUUAUUUACCUAAGUACGGAGUUCAUGUCGUGUGCGCUAGUUGUCACGAGUUGUUUCGCUCAUUGUCAAAUACGACCGACAUGUUAUCGCACAGACUCUGGUAUCACACAGACGCGUAUAAUUUAUAACGUAUAUUUUAUAAUUUAUCUCCGCGUUAUAGAAUAUAUUUUAUCGUCCGCGUUUGUUCCCGUAAAAAUAACUUCUUCUCUUUUCUUGUUCGUAUUUUUGAAUUAUGAUUUCGAACGGUUAUUCUUGCAUUAUUUACUUACAGUCAUCAUAAUUACUCAUAUUUGUAUUGUAUGUUUAAAAACUACAGUAAAUCCUGUUUCGUAAAAGUCAAUUGUAAAUAUUUUAAAAGUAAAAUUACUUAUUUUUGUUAUUUAAAUAGUUCAGAAAGUUUAGAAGUUUAUGCAGGCGCCAGGCGGCGGGUAGAGGAAUAUAAUAUAUAGUUGAAUGGUGGAUAAUAAUAUAAUAUGUAUAAUAAACAUGGUGAGAUACCAACUUUAACUGUAAUUUAACGAAUUCGCGUCACGAUAAACGUCGUUUUUUCCAUUAUUUGCUU